AUGGCGAAAGCUUCCCAUACAUUGCAAAAAGGUGCUGUCGUCCAGCACACCACCAAAGCCCAUAACCUGAAAGGUCAACUGCCUGAAGGGAGUAUGGAAUCUUUGGCAACAAACAUUCGUUUCGUCACGCUGAACUGCCGAACACUUUCGAGUGAACUCCAACAAGCCGCUCUAUCCAGACUUCUGCGAUAUCUCUGUGUGCCUUUUGCUGCACUGCAGGAAACACGCAUGAGGGAUCGGCCUGUCAUCAGCAUCGAAAAUUACACCAUAUACUGCGGCGAUGCUGAUGAGAACAAAGUAGAUGGAUGCGCGAUAGCUGUGAGGAACGAUUACAAGAACCUGGUAGAGGAAUUUGGCUCAACGUCGUCUAGAUGCGCCUUUCUACGACUGCGGGAUCGCAGAGGAUGUGAACUCUGGAUCGUAAGUGCUCACGCACCUACGGAAACCGCUGAGGACUACAGUAAGGACGCCUUCUAUGAUGAACUCAAUGCGUUGAUAUCUGAAAUACCAAGCCAGCAGGUGGUCAUUGUCGGAAUCGACGCAAAUGCGAAGAUGAGACUCGAACAGCAAUCCAAUGGGCUAGGAAAGUGGUACUAUGCAGCGGAGCGCACGACGGACAACGGUGACCGUCUGGUGACGUCCACGUUUAAGAGGAAUCAUCGACGGCAUCAGCUCACGUGGCAGGGGUCAACCCUUUUAACGCCUGAAGAGCAGCGCAAGCGGAAGAUGAGGACUCUUAAACUUCAGCUCGACUACGUUCUGGCGAGAAACAUUCCUCAGUCAGAUAUCCGAAAAUCUAGAGCUGUUUGGGACGUCGCGUUCGACUCUGACCACCGUCCAGUUCUUCUGAGUUUCAAGAUACGGUUCCACAAGAGAAACCGAGGAGUUCAUCUUCAACCGAAAAUCGACAUGGAAAAGCGUCUUCGAAGGAAGCUGCGUCGUCAACUGCAACAAGACCGCGAUGACGAGUGGACGUCAAAAGCGAUGGAGUUUGAGAAGGCGUGGGAGGAUAGGAACCCGCGGAAAGCCUACGCUCUACUAAAACAGUAUAGCGGCAAAAUGAAAAGAUGUUCCCAUGUCCUCAACACUGCUAAUGGGGUGGCUGUCGGUGAAGCAAACCUUCUAAUUUGGAAGGAACACUUCAAGAUCUUGCUGAACCGGCUGGCACCGUCAGCUCCUAGACUCGAACACGUUCAUAGACCGACAUACGCGGUUAACGAGGAGCCACCGACCGAGUCGGAGGUCCUGGUCUGUAUUCAGAAAAUGAAGAAUGGAAAAUCUGGUGGAAACGAUGGGAUUAGCGCAGAAAUGCUAAAAUUUCUUCCUCCGUCUGGGAUUCGUGAGAUGACAAAGAUCAUCCGUUCAAUAUGGAUAGACGAAAGGAUACCUGAUUCGUGGAAACACGCUAUCACAAUUCCCCUUCACAAGAAGUUAUCCGUCACGGACCCAAGGAAUUAUCGAGGAAUCUCUUUGUUGCGUGUUAUGUACAAGGUACUGGAGCGCAUUAUCCUGAACCGACUCAUUAAAAAGAAGAAACAACGCGCGACGAGCAAGCUGGCUUUCGUCCUGGCUGAUCUACGAUUGACCGGCGCGUUCGACUCUCCUCACCGAGGCCGUCUUCUCAACGCGCUUCGCGCCGAUGGAGUACCAGGAAAGUUCGUUCGCUUGCUUGAUGACAUGAAUCAACAGCCUACGGACUACGCCUACGCCCUGAUAAAUGCAAGCAGAUGUGGAUCUCUUCGAGACCUCGAACGGGAAUCAGGGGUAUGCCACAAUGAAGGUCUUUACGCAGAAAUUGAUGUGGUUUACCAGCGGAUGACACGUGCAAGAUAUCAACAUCUUGCACCGCUUUCGAAAGCGGCUAAAGUAAAUCGUCUUCGCUUCUUUGGUCAUAUAUUAAGGAGAUCGGCAGAUCGCCUUGUCCAACGAGUUCUGAAGAGUUCGUCGGGUUCGAGCUUGAAGAAGCCAUCUGGCCGAAAACGGAAGUUCUGGACUGAGGUGGUAAAAGAGGACCUGAAGACGCUCGGCGUGGAUAGGCAGUUCAGGCGAGACGUAAGGUUUCGCAGAACAUGGAAUAGCGACGAAUGGAUUGAUUCUGUGCAAGCUCUCGCAGAAGAUCGAGAAGGUUGGGCAGAGCUGUGUUCAAGGACGGCACACCUCAGCGAAGAUGCGGGUAAUCGCGUCAGGCGAUGA